CGUUUGUCCGCCGCACAGGUGCGUGUCGACUCGUGCUUUUGUGUCAAAUACCGAAAACUCGAGAUGAGAAACUAAACGCCGGGUGACUGCAAUGUGUCCUCGGAGCCCCUAAAACAACCGGGACUGUGUGUUGGGACAGAAAAAAAGCAGCUAUCGGCUCUUAAAACGGUAACAUGUUAGCACCAGCACGACAGGUGCAGACCGGCUUCGAGAUUUGAGACGAUAGCCUCGUCGUUUGUGAUUGAGACACGAAGACAACCUGCGAGGACACACGUGAUCGAGGCAACCUGACAUCCACAAAGGGUGAAGUUCUACAUCAGGAAACUGCAGCCUGCUUUCCCUCUCCACCUAUUCUGGUUUUCUGUCUCUUGAAUUAUCACUCCCCUGUCCCACUCCCUUUUCUACCCACCUUUAAACUUCUUAUCUCCAAUCCCCACCACUUCCUUAUCCCCCUUUUCCACUUCUUUCUGUCCUCGUCUCUCUCGCCACCCUUUAAUCUCCCACCACCUCCAUCUGUCUCACCUCUCGGGCCUCACAGUUUAAAUACUGACAUGGCCUCGGCACGGUCAGAGCAGUCCAGCGUCCUGCAAGAGGAGCUCACCUGCCCAGUGUGCCUGGACUUGUACCGCGACCCCCACUUGCUUCCAUGCGGCCACAACUUCUGCAAGACCUGUCUGGACCGCCUAAAGCGGCAAGCGGAUCGAGGCCGCUUCCGCUGCCCGGAGUGCCGCGACAGCCACCGCUGUGGCACCAACUUUCAGAAAAACUUCAAACUCGCCAACAUCGCAGACGACUACCGUCACCGGCGCAGAGCGACCACCGCAGCCGCUACGGCUUUAAAAUCCAGAGAACUGCUGUCGUCCUCUCUGUCAACGCAGCACGCCAGGGGUCUGUUGGCUGUUCCAUGUGACUACUGUCCUUCAGUCGCUGCCGAGGCGCCGAGCGUCAGCGCUGUCGGGGAAGGAGCGUCUCCUGUUUCUGCUUCUCAGGACGAUGGUGACAAGCAGGAAGCAGCUGCUGCUUCUGCUGCUGCUGCUGCUGCUGCUGCUGCUGCUGCUGCUGCAACAACGUUUGCGGUCAAGACGUGUCUGAAAUGUGAGGUGUCGAUGUGCCAGGAGCAUGUGAAGCCACAUCUGGAACUGCCGGCGUUCCGCGAGCAUCCUCUGACAGAACCGAUGAACGACUUCUGGAAGAGGAAGUGCCCGGAUCAUGAUGAGAUAUACAGAUAUUACUGCAUGGAUGACAAGAUAUGUGUGUGCAACGCCUGCACCAUAGAGGGAGGACACUCGGGACACACAAUCAAGACCCUAAAAAACACCAUGAAAGAUCUCAAGGGCACGCUGGACAAGCAGCUGUACAGGGUUGAAAGGAAGUUCAGCAUGGCGGAGAAAAAACUCCAAGAGCAGAAGGAGAAGGAGAGACAGAACAAGAAGUUUAUGGACGACUCUGAGCAGUGCCUGAACAGGCUGGGUGAGGAGAUGAAGGCCAAAGUACUCCGCUUCGUCACCAGAUUGCGAGAAUGCUCGCGCACUCACUGCGACACCAACGGGCCGGCAAUUCAGAAGAACAUCUUCAGGAUCUGUCAGGACAAGACGCGCCUGCAGGAGGUCCGCUGUGGCAUCGAAAGCCUCAUGCAGGAAAACGACCCUUUCCGCUUCAUCGAGGCAUACAAAACAACAGGAAAACAGUGCCGCAGGCAGCUAAGAAAAAACAUGUUCUACCCAGAAUAUGUGGACAUGGAGACCGAAGUUCUUGGAGUGAUGAUGGAAGAAGAAAUGAGAAAAUUCCUUGAUGAGGAACUGCCAUGUCAUAUUGUUGCUGCCAUUAAUUCUCUGUGUCAUAUGUCAGAUCUCGAGGAGGAGGAGGACCAGGAGGAGAACGAGGAAGAGGUCGUGGAGGAUGACGAUGACGACGACGAUGACCUCGACGACAGCAGCGUAGAGGAAAUGAGGAGCGAGGGGGAGGAGGAGGAAGAUGAGGAGGAGGACGACGAGGAUGGACACGACCAGAGCGAGCUGGCCGAUGACUUCUACAGCCCAGGGGAGGAGGAGGAGGAAGAGGGCGAGGAGGAAGAAGAAGACGAGGACGAGGACGGAGAUGAAGAGGACGAGGAAGAGAGGGGAGUUUAACAGGACAUACAAGACCUAUUAAAGCACUUUGGAUUCAAUCCGUAAACUGCGGACGAGUGUAACAGAUCUAACAUCUGUUUUAGUGUUGCACUCAUCUUCUCUUUGAAUGUCCCACGUACAGUUCAGGACUCGAGCAGCUACCACAUUUUGCCUCAGACCCUCAUUAAAUAGUCUAAGAUGAAACACUGGACGAAAACGGAGCUUCGAUUUAAGCUGGAUUUAAAACUAGCCGUGCACUGAGAAUCAGCCAAUGUGAAUCUCAUGCUAAACCUGUGUUGCAUUUUGCUAAACCUCAAGGUGCUUUAUAGCAGUUUGCUGUAUAUGUAAAUACAUGAAUGUAUAAUGACAGAAUGUGGCUGGAAGGACUCAACGAGAAUUUGGCAAAACUUCUGCAUGUCUGCGAUGCCGAAUUUAAUACCACUUUGCUAAAAAAAUAAAUAAAAAUGACAGAUUAGGAGGAAUUUACCUAAUCAAAACUGAUAAACUUUGGUCUACUUUCACCUGAAAUUUUGAUAUAUUAACAGGUGCAGAGAUUCUGAAAUUAAUAUCCUUAAAUUUUUCAAGUUUAAUUAAAAAAAAAGGUUGAAUUCCUUGAGUUUCCCAGUUUUCCAUCACCACAGAAAGCCUUUCGAUCUGCAUCCUUGUAAAACAUGAAGGAGAAAAACACGCCAGGGUAAUUACUACUUGAAUCCGUGUAUGGAUUGUUGUGAUUGUUUCAUUCAUGCUACAGUUAAACAUCGCAAGCCAAAGAGUUAGGAUGUGCGUCUGUGUGUACGCAUAGAUGCUUUUAAAAAAUUUUGUUUGCUUGGCAUGACAUUAAAAAAAAGAAAUGCAAUGUGUUAAUAUCAGUCUGCAUAGGCCAUAGGAUGUCUUUGCUUUUCAUAGUAGUGCUUCAAAAGCAGUUAAUGCAUUGUUUAAAAAAAAAACCUAUGCACAGUUCAUACAUUAAUCUCAAAAUAUCAGUUUCAGGUGAUGAAGAAUUUUGCACUUUACUACAAAAAAAGAUGCUAUGUUAGGCCUGGUAUAUUUGAAUGUUAAAAGUUGAUUUUUAUUUUGAUACGAGUGAUUUUGUGAGGGGCCAAACUGAAAUAAUAAAUAUAUGAUAUUAAUAAAGCCUGUUAAAAUGUG